AUGUGCAGAGCGGAGAUUGAGGUGAUCACAGGAAGAUUAUCAGUGAUGACUAUUCAGUCUACCUUGUUAGAGAGAAUCAAACAAGGUCAAUGUGAGGAUCCUUACUUGGUGGAACAAAAAGGUGAAUUGGAAAGUGGGAAGGUCAAUGAGUUUAGUGUGUCAUGUAAUGGGAUGCUAAAGUUCAAGCAAAGAGUUUGUGUCCCUAAUAAUGAGGAGUUGAAGAGAGAAAUCCUUACCGAAGCUCACAAUACCUUGUAUUCAAAACCUGCUGGUUUACUACAACCAAUACGGAUACCAGAGUGGAAAUGGGAAGAGAUUACUAUGGAUUUUGUUGUUGGAUUGCCAAAGAGUUCUAAACAACAUGAUGCUAUCUGGGUUAUAGUAGACCGAUAUACAAAAUCAGCACACUUUCUUCCGACCGGGAUGCUCGAUUUACUUCAUUGUUUUGGGAAAGUUUACAGAGAGCAUUGGGCACAAAAUUGA